AUUUGAAUGUCAAUGUCAAGGUAUUAUGUACUUUCGAGUCAAAAUUGAAAUUGUUUAUAUGUGUAACUACAAAAAUAAAACGUAUAAAAAAAACUGCAAAUCAUUAAAUUUCCUUUGAAAACCAAAAAUUUUGUGUGAAAGUUUGUCCCAGUGUUCAUUGGUUGUCGAAUUCUUUUUUCAUAUAGAUGUAAAUUUAAUUUUGAUAUAUAAACUGUCCUGUCAGUGAUAUUUUAUACUUAUUUCAAUGUUUGGUUGCAACGCAGAUGAAUUUACUUUUGAAUGUGACUAUGUUAGGCCUCAAAAAGUGUCAGAAGCGUACGGUGGACUCCAGAAAUAAAACAAAACACAACACGACUGUCCGAUCAGGUAGGGUCGUGUACACCCUGCCUAAGAAGUCACGCAAGCGAAUUGUGGACCUUGUGUUAACGAUCAUGGAUUCCGAUGGACCAAAGCCGAUGAGGAAUAUGAAGCCAGUUGAGAAACACCGUACGGGCGCGGACCAGUUCAGCGUCCAGCAUCACGGCGAGUAUGAGGCGAGGGGACAGCAGAGCUCAGACAAAGUGGACAGGGUACUCGCCCAUAACAAGGCCUGCCCUAAAAUGUAUGACGAGCUGGACAAGAGACGGUCUACUGGCAAGCCCGUUCUCAACACUAAUAACGCAAGACGAUCAGAAACGUCUCUAGACGCAGAUAACUACGUCUGUGUCGAUUGCAAGAGGUAUGAACGAGCCCGUAGACGAAGGAGACAUUUCAGGAGACUCUUACAUAGCCAUUCCUACAAACGAUUCAAAAUAAAAAAGGCAAACGCUUUAGCAAGACUUAUGAAACAAAAACGUAAUAAUAAACCAUACAAAUAUGCGGCCGAUAUGUACCAAUUUUCAAGAAUUGCCUUGAAUAAAAGCUGCCAAUGUGCCACUCGCAUUGUUCCCACAAAAUCAAAACCACCCCCGAAAGUAGACGAUUACUUUUUAUCUUUAAUGCCGAAGAAAAUGUCUGUAGUCAGAAUGAACGCCCCAAAUGCGGUUUUGUCAAAUCGGGGGUUGGUUUUAAGGAGUGUGAAAUCACCGAUUUAUAUUAUGAGAGGGGGGAAAAAGUCGGUGGCUGAUACCGAUUCUGGGCGGCCGGAUACGAUAAGCAGUCCUCGGUCUACUAGUAGUUAUAACAGCUAUAAUUCCAUGGAACACGAACCUAUGGUGAAAUAAUUUGGAGAUCGUGGGAAUGAACCGAGAAUGCGUUUGUCAGUACUAUUGAAAGGUUAUGGUAUUUCCAAGCUAAGGGCGUUUGUCCACCGCCGCCGCCAUCGCUUCGUGACCGAGAACGAGAGGACGGCGCUGAAGUAGCGGUACAUACUCACAAACAUUUACAUUACUCGUACAUUAGCAAACCCUGCGAAUUCCGUUUCACCACCAAUAAUUUUCCCUGUUUUCCUGCUUUUCUCUUGAAAAUUUUCCUGCAAUUUCUUUGCUAUAAACCUCACGGAGCCCGAGAACUUUCCAACGAAUGCAAAACCGUGGAAAUCGGUUUGUAAGUUCUGGAGUUUAGCGUCAGGAAAGAAUACCCGACUUAUUUUCAUAUAAUAGAUUAUUAUUACAUUAGAUUACUUAGCCGCGUGUCCACCGCACAUCCCUCACCCGAGCGCCGUCAUCCGGCCUCCGAAAUUGCGAGUAGAUCAGCGUGACCGCUAGAUCGUCGCCCGAGAUUUUGUCAGGCCGAUAUGCCGGCAAUACAAACGCGUAUGAACUUGUCGACACACUGCCGUCGCCGUCACCAUCGCACCGUACACGAGCUCAGUUAUUCAAAGUCAAAGUCAAAAUUAUUUAUUUCAAUUAGACCAGGAAGGCACUUUCGAACGUCAAAGCAAAUAUAAUAAUAUUAAUAACGUCUGUCUGUCGGUCAGUCCUCUAGUGAAGCUCUUUGCUCGUUCCAAAGUGUAGAUUCCUAUGGAGAAGAACGAGCAAGAAACUCCAUAGGUUACUCCUUUUCAAUCAGAUUCACAAUACAAUUCUUGGUUACAUUGUUUCGAUUGCUUCAAUUCUUCUUAUUAUUUUGUUUGUUGUGUCGAUCGACUCGAAAUAAUCUCGUUCUUGGUGACAUGACUGUGUCGGCGGCGGUGGACAAGCGCCCGAAGCGUUUAAUCUUGUUGCACCGAAGACAAUGCGAAGGUCUCAUUGUGUAAUGCUCAUUUUGUAAUAAAUUGUUUGUUUUUGUU